AAAAUAUGUUAUAACGUACUCUGGAGAAGAAGCAUUAUUCGUGUCAGUCAACCGAAAAGUAUGAGAAUAUGAACAUGGUGAUUCUUGUUAUUGUGGAAGAAUUUAAACAUGAGUAGAAUCCAUAUUCUUCUUUUAUUAGUGUGGAAUGGGGUGGAAAGAGUUAAAUCUGAGUGCCCUGUACUAUUCAUACCAAACGCUAUAAUUAGCUCAGCUAAUAAUAGUCUGACAGAAUUCAGAACAGAAUGCGAAACAGGCUAUUAUCGCACAAGUGGUGACACCCAAAGAACAUGCAUAAAUGGUAUUUGGUCCGGAACAGAUAUUGUAUGUGACGAGCUCGCAAAAGGGGCUCUGGAAACUCGACAUAUGUUCGGGACAUCACAAGCAGCACGAGGUGUAGGAGUAGCAAGAGCUGUUAACGAGCAUUUGCCGAUUAUAUCUAGAGUUGUUUCCGAGCAAAGUAUGGAAACCGACACUCAGUCUGAUGGUACCCUGGAUCUUAUGUCAACAAUUUCAAGUGUGAGUAGUGGUGAAGCUUAGUUCAGUUUCAGUAGCCUAUUGAACCCAAAUGGGCAAAGUGACUUUUAAGUUGUGUAAUUCUUAAGCAUUUACUGUUUUACCUGUUGAGUCGUGGGUGUGCCAUUGUUUUAUGACUUUUCAAUCGUUGGUUUUAAGGGAAUCAGUCGCGUAAUUGUAUACAUUGAUAGCUGAUAAUAUCAGCUUCCGAAAAUUGAAAUCGGACCUUAUGUUUGUCCACUAUUACGAGUUAUCAAUUAGAAGAUUGUAAUGACACCAUAUUCGUUUCACGUUAAUUAGUAUCAGCUAUCAAAGUAUAAAAUUACGGGACAGUUUCCCUUUAAGUUAUUAUGUAUACUGUGUAUUAUGUAUGUUUGGAAUAGUUUGCCAUUUUUACUUAUUUCCUUUUUUAACAUCGGUGACAGGUUCAUGUAGAUUGGCAUAGUAUGUCUGUCGAGAUUUAACUGUUAUGGGUGACAUGACGUAUAACCUUUGUUUUAAACUUGGAAUUUGAAUUUAAUUAUGUAAAAAUCCAGAGAAAGAACUAACAGUGUGAAAAUCAACAUCUCAUAAUAAAUACAUACUUGUUU